CUGCAGUCAGGACGAUGCAGAUUGAAGAGCAGAGGCGCGACCUGUAGAGCCGAGGACAGUCUGACCGUUUGAGUUCGUUUCAGACAAACAGAAAACACACAAGGAAUGGAGCUGCACACUUCACCUCUAGCUGUUCUGUGAUUGGCUGAUCGCUGACAUCAGUAUCGAGAUGGCCCACCUCUUCCUCGCCAGUAAGAUCACCAUGCCGGACGACCUGCACAGCAAAGGUGGCGCCAGGAUCCCCAGGAGCGCCAUGAGGAUGCCGAAAUCAAUCUCUGCCGAGAAGCUGAGUCGGGACAAGCCCAGGAAGGACCACAGCGUCGUCGUGACAGCGCACGUCCCGCACCUCAACGAGGUCCAACUGAUGGCGGCCACUGGCGGCGCCGAGAUGUCCUGCUACCGCUGCACCGUGCCAUUCGGCGUGGUCGUCCUCAUUGCCGGCAUCGUGGUCACGGCGGUGGCGUACACCUUCAACUCCCAUGGGUCCACCAUCUCGGUGCUGGGACUGGUGCUGCUGUCUGCUGGACUGGGCCUGCUGGGCUCCAGCGCCAUCUGCUGGAGGGUCCGACUGAGGAAGAAGAAGGACAAACGGAGGGAGAGCCAGACCGCCCUCCUGGCCAGCCAGGGAUACUGCGUGGCCUGAUCGCCGCUGCAGAGGAAAAUACCCAUUAGGAACUUUAGACGAUCCAGUCCUGAGCGGAGUUCAAGUUUAAGCUCGUUUUAUCCGAAAAGUCACGCUGGUGGUUCAGAUGAUUAACUUCAGGGACACAGUGAACCUGAACGCACCAGACUAACAAUGUAAAGUUUAACAGGGACAUGAACUGGUGAAGCUGCAGGGUCUCGUCCGUCUGAGGUGGCGAUGACUCCGCAGAGUGUUUGGACACAUGGCAGCCUGCAGGAUGAUUCAGCAGCAGAAAAUAAAACUAUACUGGAAGUGCUGGACGAUGGACAGGCGCUAAACUUUCUUUUAUAAAGCUCCAGUGCUGAGACGACGUUUAACAAUCGAUUAUUCAAAAAACUAUUUUGAUAAAUCAUUUAGGUCAUUUAUGAAUCCAAACAUUCAUCCGGUUUCAGCUUCUCAAAUCUGCCCCAUUUCUCUGUUUUUAUAUCAUUUGGGUUUUGGGCUGUUGGUGGGACAAAACAAGCUAUUUGGAGACGUCACCUUGAGCUCUGAGAAGCUGUAAUGGGCAUUUUCUACGGUGACCCCUGAGGGUCACACGGUAGAAGAAAUAUUGCCACAGAAAUCUGUGCAGAGGGAUUACUAAACUGAAGAAAGGCUCCUGGAAUCUGCAUCUGGCAUUGAGAAUAAAAGCAAAGCACUAAUAACUGGUGUCAGAAGAAAAGCGGAAACACUAACGUAUCUUUGACUGUUUUGUCCUCUUAAAGUACAAGUUAUAUCUCAAAAUACGUCCCCUCGACUGCACUCUGUCCUCACAUAAACAGUGACUUGGCUCAUGGCCAGUCAGUUGCAGGAUCUGUUGAUAUCUCGAAGAUAGUCAAAGCAAACAGGAUGCACUCGUGUCAUAACAAAGGCUCUGAAGACUGAAAACAGAGAUUUCAGUUUUGAUUUGUUUGUUUUUUAAAAUUGUCAUUAUGGGUUAUCAUGUGUAGAAUUAAUUGCCCAAAAAGUAAAUGUAAUCAAUUUUAAAUUUAAUUUGGAACAUGAUAAAGUGUGCAAAAAAAGCCACUUGUUCAUUAACACUCACACAGGACUGUCUAAUUUAUACUCUGCUCUGAUUGGCUGAUAGUUACUGUAUUACGUGCAUCAAACAGGAGAGGACGCGUUUUAAAUGUGAAUUCAUUCAGUGGGUGUAAAUAACAAAUUACGUUCCCCUAACAAUAUCUAACCCCCCACCGCUUUUAUUCUGAAGGUCAGAGGUCCAUAUUAGUUUAUUGUUUCCUCUUUAAGAUGUUUUACUACCAUGUGACUCACGAGCGGCUCCGUGUUUUUCGGACAUUUUAUAGACUCAACGAUUAAUUGAUUCAUCAAAAAGUCAGCAGAUGUUUUGCUAAUAAAUGGUUGGUUAGAUGUCAUCAAUGACAGUAUCAGUAUCUCUAACUAAAUGCUGCUAAUAAGCUAUAAAAGACAUUUAACAAGGUACUCUACUGUUGAUGUUUCUCUUUCUGAGACAGUUUGUCUCGUCUCUCGUCUCAUUUGUGAUCUCAGCACUCCGUACGUUACCCUGCGAUCACGUAGCGUUCCUCGGGGUGAAAAUAUUGGAUUUGUUUCGGCGCAUCUUUCUGAGCAGGCAGAAGCUGUCUGUGGGAUCACGAGAAUGCCUGUGAAGACACAACCCGCUGCCGAACAACAGGUCAAAGACUGACUCUGACUUUGUGACAGCUGAAUCACGGAUUAACGUUCUGAGUACUGAGCUCACGAAUGGCGAUAAUCUCUGAUAUGCAUGCCACUUUGUAUGUUUAAGCUAGUGCACUAUGAUCUAAAGUGAUGAAAAAUAACCACAUGUCAUGUAUUCCACCGUAUUAAAGAGUUCACAUGUAAAUGUUUAUCUGUUUAACUAAGGAUCAAUCUGACGCCGUCUCACUUCCUUUUACCUUGGACAGGUGUCCUGUCUUAUUUAUUCCGUGUCAGGAGACACGAGUGAAAGUGUUUGUUCUAUUAAACUCAAGAUUAAAGUCCCGACCUGAGAACGAA